AUGGCGCGAUGGCAGAAGGUUGAGCUGAGCCCUUGUUUGCACCAUCCACAGCCUCCUCUCCGAAUACCACCACCACGGCUUGAGCAAGCCGAGCUGGGCCAAGGCAGUACCGCUGCAUUUUUCUGGAGGCAGCAUGUUUUGCAUCCGGAAAUUGCCAUGUUUUCUUCCUCCUCAGAACAAUUCUAUUUGGUCCGGAUUCAUGCCUAA